GUGGGCGUGGCUCGAUGUGACUGACGUUCGAGCGUGUGAUUGGCAGGCGCGCGAGGUCCGUGCGGUGUGCAGUGCAACUGGCAUAAAACGCUGACGCCGACGCGUAACGGGCCACACUCUCUCCCACAUACGCAACACCUGAGGACGGCGUCGCUUUGAAUGACGGACACUGCACCGCGCCUAAUCUGAUCUGGUUGAGUGUGUCGCUUUCAGUGUAGAGCACACACGAGUACCCGCAAACAUCUCUGAAUUAUUCACUCAUCGCGAGUGAGGUCAUCUUUGUCAGAUCACGCAGGCCUGUCAGUCCACAGUUUUCCUCAUUCUACAACUUCACUCCAUCGCCGCAGACUGAAGAAAAGGCAAGAUGAACAGCAUUGCUUGCCCCUUUUUGAACAAGUUCUCAAUGAGUGCAGUCCGCCAGUAUGCACCCCAGCUGCUGAGCAUUGCCAAGCGAUGCCCAGUGAUGGCACAUACCACUGUGGCCACCCAUGCUUCUAUGGCUGGAACGCCCUCCAGCUCCACUAACAGCUCCACAAGUCGCACAGCCUCAACCGCCACCGCUAAUCCAUCUGCUGCCAGCCUGGCUGAAAGUCAACCCAAGUGCCCUUUCCUGCAGAGUGAGGUCACUGUUCGCAUGACCAGUCAAGCCCAGCAGGAGGACACCAUUGUUAUGGAGGAGGACCCUGAGGAUCUCCCAAAAGUGACCUCUUCCAACUUUGACUAUGAGAGAUUCUAUGCCAGAGAGCUUGACAAGAAGAAGCAAGACCACAGUUAUCGAACCUUUCGCAAAGUGAUGCGAAAUGCGAGCAGGUUUCCGAUGCGAAAGGAACACACUGGCGAAGUGAAGGACAUCACUGUGUGGUGCAGCAAUGACUAUCAUGGCAUGAGUUGGCAUCCUGCUGUUAUUAAGGCAGUCAGAGAAGCACUGGAGAAACAUGGAGCUGGUGCAGGUGGCACCCGUAACAUCUCUGGGAAUUCCCCUCUUCAUGAGGAGCUGGAGCGAGAAGUAGCAAAGCUGCAUCAGAAGGAAGCUGGCCUCGUUUUCAGCUCCUGUUACGUGGCUAAUGACACCACAUUGUUUACUCUAGGAAAGACACUUCCAGGAAUGCAUUUCUUCUCGGAUGCUGGUAAUCAUGCCUCCAUGAUUCAAGGGAUCCGCAACAGUGGUGCAAAGAAGCACAUCUUUCGCCACAACGACCCAGACCAUCUUGAAAGUCUUCUGAAGGAAGUUGACCCCAACGUGCCGAAGGUUGUGGCCUUUGAAACCGUUCAUUCUAUGGAUGGAUCCAUCUGCCCAACCAAUGAACUGUGUGACGUGGCUCACAAAUACGGUGCCUUGACAUUUGUGGAUGAGGUUCAUGCUGUUGGCCUCUAUGGAGAGCAUGGGGCAGGGGUGGGUGAACAAGAUGGCUGCCUUCACAAGAUGGACAUCAUAUCUGGCACGCUGGGCAAAGCUUAUGGCAACAUGGGAGGCUACAUAGUGGGUUCUGCAAACUUUGUGGACAUGAUACGAAGUUAUGGAUCUGGAUUCAUCUUCACCACAUCUUUACCACCCACUAUUCUCUCGGGUGCCCUUGCAGCCAUUAGGAUUUUGGCAAGUGAUGAAGGGAGAGAACUGAGAGCUCGCCAGCAGAAAAAUGUACGCUAUAUCCGCGAGAAACUUAUAGCAGCUGGCAUACCUGCCAUGCACAGUCCUAGCCAUAUCAUACCAAUUCAUGUUGGUGAUGCUGCUAAAUGCACAGAAGCCUCCAAUCUGCUUAUAAAUAACUAUGGCAUCUACGUCCAGUCCAUCAACUACCCAACAGUUGCCCGUGGCUCUGAGCGUCUGCGCCUGGCACCAACAGCCCACCAUGGCCAGGACAUGAUGGACUACUUUGUUGAGUCCACAGCCAGUGUGUGGCGCAGUCUUGGACUGCCCAUGCACAGCCAGGUUCAUCCCAAGGCCUGCGAGAGCUGUCGUCGGGAUCUCUCAUUGGAGCAGCUGUAUCAGCCGGAGCCUAUCUGCAGCCGGUCUAACUGCACUUACCAAAACAUGCAAGCUGCUUUGGCCUGAUCGCCAAGUCCUUGUCAUUGAUUGCCUAUCAAGGAAGAUGGAACCGAACUAUGAGUCUUUUAUAGCCAGAAACCUGUCACUGCAUCAUAGCAAAUGAAACCCAUUAUAAAAUCUUCAAGCUUCAACCCACUUCAUGUUGAAAAAAAUUUUUUUUAUUGAUCAAAUGUUAUAUUUGGAUUAAAUUUUCCACAGUUAGCAACUUGAAUUACAAAUUCAACAUGAGUUUGUAAAAAAAAAAAAAAAAGAAGUCAAAAAAGACUAACGCAAAUUUUUAUCCUUCGUUUUUUUUUUAAAUUGGAGACAGAUUUUGGAAAUAAGAUAAAAAUAUCUGUUUUUUUUUUUUAAUGAUGCAAGUGACAGUCUUCUGCUACAAAGGACUGGUAAUGAUGACCUUGGCAAUGAAAUAAGGAUAAUGAUUACUGACAAUGCAGGACCAGGUGAUGCCUCACUACUGUCAUAAACUUUAUAACAUUAAAAAAGUGUCAUUCAAAAUUCAGAAUUUAAAAAAACAACAAUUAAGCCCAUCACAUUCAGAUCUGAAACAUUCAUGCUUUCAUCUUGCUUUUUAUUGACAUCUCUUUUACAAGAUAUACAUUAGAUAUUUUUUGUUGCUGCAAGUUUCAGUCUAAGAGCAACGUGUGAUAAAUUAAAGUCUAACAAAUAUGCUAACGAUGGGAUAUAACUAUAAACCAAAAUACUAUUUUAGCAACACAGCUGUAUUUUGAUAUACAUACAAGAAUAUUUAAAGUGGGUAAUGCCUAGUUUUUAUCCUCAUGGGCAGCAUGCAGAAGAAAAUGGCACAGUACAAGCGUGAUGGCAUUGUCUGAUCUGUACAUCUUUCUUUUAUCUUCAACGCUGUACAGAUGUCUAGCACUGUACUCUUUUCUUUUAUCCUCACUGCUAUAGAGUUGUGCGGCUCUGUAGUUACAAAUUUCUACAGUUCAUUCUUUUAAUUUUGGUUUUGGUACAUAAUUACCUUUAUUUGAUUUCUGCUGUCUUUUAUCAGUUAAUGUUAAAGAUUCUUUUUAAAAAGCAUGUUAGGUGAACAGAACUUGUUUUAUAAUCAGAUUUCAGGAACUGAAAAAGUCAAAUAUUUUAAACCUAGCCAUAAAGCUGAGUGUAGGCAAAAGAUAUCAGCCCUCUUAUAUAAAUGUAUGUAGAGUAUCACAAUUCUUUGGGAGCAGCCAACAAAGAGAUGAAUAAUCAGCUGAUGAUAUUGUCAAUAUUCCUUCUCUAAGACACUUUUACACAAGUCUCAACAUCACGUGAUAAAAAAUUGCUGGUGAGAAAGAAAUUUAAAAAAAAAAAUUAAAAACUAUAAAUAGUUUGAGGUGUUGGAGUAACUUAAAUAAUACAUAUUCUAUUUCACUUGAAAUAGAAAUAUUUGCUAUCAGUUGUUAGGAGGUUGUGGUGGUGGUGACAGUAAAUUGUGAAAAAUUAACAUUACUAUAGUAACUGGGUAUGGUUUUCUCAUUUUUAUUUUGAAUUGGAAUUUGUUGGUUCAACGUGUCCUGCCUAGGCAGAAUGGCUAGCUUAGGCUGAGCUUGGGAUAAAUUACAUGCUUUUUGGUUCAAUGUUUUCUAUGGAGAUUAUCACACGGGGUUCAUGGCUGAUUAUUUCAGCUGUUAGUUUUGAGUAAACAGUUUCUUUUACUGGUAAAUGGUACUUCAAAUUAUUGAUCUAAAAAUAUCCAUUUAGUUAUGCUUUCUCCUAAUCACAUAGUGGAACUUUUUCUCUCCGUAUCCAUUUUACUAUCUUCUGUAGAUGCAGCUUGACCAAUUAUCCCUGUUUAACCACCCUUGGUUUUGUUUUUGCCAUAAUCUUGCUUUAUGCUUCUUUUUCUAUUGGCUUCAGUAUAAUAUAGGUCUUGGUCACUACAUUUUUGCAAUUGGCCCACCUUGCAAUUCCUAGCACAUACCAAUAUACCAAACUAGUAAGCUGGCUUCCUGAGCAAAGCCUUUCUGCAUUUUUACAGUACAGUACAAAUACAUCAGAACAGCUUUUGCUUUAUUAUUGUUGUCUAAAGUGUUUUAGUAGUUUAAGACAUUUUUUUUUCAACAAAAUAAAAUGGCAUCUUACAGUCAGACCAUCAUAGAGGUCAGUAGCGUGGUACAUGUCUGGUCUUGCAUUGAAUGGUAAUUGGUUUGUUCAGUCAUCAUGCUUCUGGUCAGUUUUCCCUGUACAUUUUCCAGUGGUUAUGGAUUUGCACACACUCACAAAAUUAACAGUGGCUGCAGUAGAGUUUCAGCUGAUUGAUACUUUGAAGACACAUUGGAAUCUUCAUAAUCAAAAACUAACAAAUGUUUACCCAGUUACCCAAGGGAGCUAGGAAACUGAACAUUUACAGUGGAAAAUGUAACCAGGAAACCUGAUUACAGCAUUGAUGGCUGAAGAUAUGGAAGGGUUUGAUGAUAAGCAGGGAAGAUGUGAAGGACAGAAGGAUUUGAGGAUUUGGCAAAGUGGCUUCUAUGGCAGACAUGACUUAUGUGUGACCAUUGUUUUAUUGGACAUCAAACAGUGUUAUAUUUUGUUGACAUAAACAGCUGUUUAAGAUGUUGGUUUAAAAGGCAUUCAAAUAUGGCAUGUUUCUUUUUUUUCUAAAAUAACUACCACAGUGGCAAUUUGACAGGUGCCCUUUUGUUUGCAUUUCAUUUCAAGUGUUCAAACUAUAGACUGCAGAAAGUCAAUAGAUUUAAGGUUUUUUGGACCAUCAAAGUCUUUGUUCAACAAAAUAUCCUGUACAUAUUUUUAUCACUUAUUACAAUUGUAAUAUUUAUUGUAACCUGUUUAUUACAAAAUGUAUUAGUACUGGUAAACAAUAUAAUUAAAAAAGUGGUCUUUGGCGACUUAAUUACUUAGGUUGCCAGCAUAAUAAUAAAGGUUCGAAAGUUUUGGCAGCAUAUGUGUCCUGUGUAUAUCCGCAACAGCCCAUAGGCAAAUCUAAAAACAGGGUACUUUCUUGUUUUGAGAAGGGUACUCAUUUCUGUAGAUUAGCAAAUUUUAAUUGGUUUUAAUAUUUAGCAUGCAUUUGAAUAAAACUUCAAAUUCUCUGCUGCAUGGUGAAACAGUACGACAGUGGAGCGCCCAGCCCACAAAAUGACAUUUGCUAUCCCACCAUGCAAAGCUUACUGACUAUAGUAAGGCGGCUUGUGUUCAGACCUUUUCUGUGUCAGUCUAUUUCCUUUUUGCUGUAAGAGCCUCGCAUUCACCAAAUUGUACCUGCUACCGGUGGUCUGUAAAUUAUUUGGGUUUUAAUCUUCUAUAUUUUAUUAUUGACUAACAUUUAGUUUAUGUGUUGUCAUUACAAGAGCAACAAAAUGUAUAGAAAAAUUAACAAGUACAUGCUUUGAAUGUAAUCAUUUGUAUAGUCUAACAGGGCUUGUCUCGGUGAGCCCAGCAGCAAACUGAUGCACUGGUUGAAAGAAUAAGUGUUCUGUUUGACCUUUUCAUGGACCAUGCAAAGUCCGAUUCAUUAAGUAAGGUUUACUGGACUUUGGAGAGAGCAGAAACUAGUAAGACAUUUGACAAGGAAAACUGUCUAUUUUCAGAAAGUAAAUGCAAUGAACUGAACAAUGGAUACACUUUGAGUUAGGUCAUGGGUUUUUGCUGUUUUUUAUGGGGUUGAAUUGGGUGGAUUUUUUAGGGGGACUGAUCUUGUUUUGUUUUGUUUUUUUCCUUUCUCCCCUUUUAGCUGUAUAGAUAUAGAGGACCAAUGAAGGUUAGAUGAUGUAGAGUGUGGUAGAUAGCUCCUACAAGUCAAAACAAGCACUGUUUCACAACUUUUCACGAAAACAUGCAAAAGGAAUUUGAGAGAUGUACAACAUACUUAUAGUAGUCUUUAUUCCAGCAGCAAGAGAAAGGGCCUCUCUGCUAAGGUGGUUUUGGAAAAUAAAGUGACCAAGAUUGUC